CUCUUUGAGAAGACAACUCAGCGCUGGAGUUUUCGGGCCAACAGUAGCUCUGCAUCAUGUCACACCAGACCGGUAUCCAAGGCUCGGACGAGCUGACUGCAGCCUUUGCCAAGCUGUACAACAGUGAUGACACUCGCAUGCUCUUGAUUCUCAUCGAGAACGAGGAAAUGGUGCUGUCCAAGACGUUUCCCACCCAGGGCAGCGAAGCCGAAGACUGGGACAACUGCGUGCUUGCCACGGCAGACGAAAAGGAGCCGUGCUACAUGAUUUUUCGCCUCGACUCAAGAAAUGCGUCAGGUUAUGAGUUUGUAUUGAUUGCUUGGUCUCCUGACUUUGCGCACAUCAAGAAGAAGAUGCUGUACGCCGCCACGCGUGCCACCCUCAAGCAGACCUUUGGCAUGCUGCACCUCAAGGCCGAGCUCUUUGGCACCGUCACGGAUGACAUUAGCUACGCUGGCUACCAACGCCACCUUGUCAGCGAAGCCGCACCCCCACCGCUCACUGAAGAGGAAUACGAAAAGGCUGAGAUUCGCAAGGCCGAGACGGGCGUUGAGAUUGGUGCGAGCACCAAACACCAAAUUGCCACGGGCGUGGCUUUUCCCGUUGAAUCCAAGGCCAUGAGUGCGCUCAAGGAUUUGAAGGCGGGCAAGAUCACCUACGUGCAAAUGAGCCUAGAUCUGAGCAAGGAAGAAAUUCUGUUGGCCGAGUCAGGCUCGUACCACGUCGACAAGAUUCAAUCACUUGUGUCAGACGAUGAGCCCCGCUAUCACGUCUUCAACUUCAAGCACAAUCACGAAGGUGACACGAUUGAAUCGACCGUCUUCAUUUAUUCGUGCCCCGGCUUCAAGUGCUCCGUCAAGCAGCGCAUGAUGUACAGCACUUGCAAGAGUCCUCUCAUCGACGUCGUUGAAGACGAGAUCAAAUUGGAGCUGGCCAAGAAGCUCGAGAUUGGCGAGUCUGCAGAGUUGACCCAAGAGUUUCUCUACGACCAACUGCAUCCCGCCAAAACGGUCUUCAAGCAAAAGUUUUCACGGCCGUCGCGUCCCGGAAAGGGCGGUCGGCGCAUGGUCCGCGGUGGUCAAGAGUCAUAGACCAUUAGCAAUACGCCUUACUAGGUUCUCUUGACUGAGACCAGGUAUUUGCCCGUGUGUUGUCUUGCCCAGCACGCGUGCGUGCUCUUGUCUCUUCUCUUUUGUACAUGUGGGUGACGCACAGGAGUGACACAACAUUUUCUUCCGUGUGGACUGGCUUCUCUUGACUCUUCUUUUUUAAAAUUCAACUCGAGCACAGCCCAAUGACCAGACCAGAUUAGAUCAGGCAUAUUAAAAACUUUUGCUUGCGCCAUUUACCUCAAAUCCCGUUUGCUUCACUCGCCAGGCCUUGAUCCCAGACCCGUGAUCAGCCCACCAGCAAUUCAGUCUUGAGGCCGCACAGCCACUGGCCGUUGGUCAGCGGAACAUGAUAGCCAUCGGGUGUGCGCUGCACGAGGUGUGCAUGAACGUCACCAGGUGACUCGGUGUAGCGCAAACCCUUUCCGCUGGGAUCUUGUUGGAAGACAUAGGUGCAACGCUUUCGUCGCAACCACGCGGUCAAUAGACGCUUGUCUGUAAGCUUCAUGUUGAUAAUGGCGCUAUGAUCGGCCAGCAAGUCAUUGCUGACCAUACGGGCAUUGCUGCCCUGCCGCAGCGCCAGUUGCAAAAAAAAGAGGUCAUCCUCGUCCUUGUCAUGCGUGAGAAAGGCUCUUCUUGCCUUGACCAUCUCGAAGAGCAUGUCCUUGAUAGGCUUGGGCGCGAAUCGCGCCAAGUGGUGGCGGCCCACGAAAAAGACAGGUGUGCCUUGCUCCUUGUAAUAUCUCAAGCACGCCUCGAUCUGCGGGUAUCGAGCGCCUUUUUGCACAUAGCGAGUCCCAGAAAUAUGGUGCAGUGCCACGUUGAGGCCAUCAAUGAUGACAGCAUCUUCAUAUUUGGGGAUGUUAGCCAGGAACUCGGCAAAGUUCUUGAUGGUGCCUGGCUUGGGAUUGGAUGCCUCGAGCAUGGCCCACGUUGCCUGUAUGAGCGCUUGAAGCUCCGAUUCGGAUAUCUCAGCUUCCUCUAGCUUGGUUUCACAAGCUGGGCAGACGCCAUGCUCGGGCACAGCUGUUUCUGUAAUGUCCAUGGGCUCGAGCAGAGCCAGUGCAUGCAGUAAAGCUUGGCCACACUCGGGUGACAAAACAGUGUAUUCUUG